AUGACGGAGAACAAUAUUCCCCAAUCCUCAACGCCUCAGGCGGCGCCCGCCGCCGUGCCUGUCACCAGCGAGCAGACGCAUCCUAUCUCGCAGGUUGCUGCAACCGCGCCCGCCUCGGUGACCGCGACGGCCGCCGCCGCUACCGCCGCCGUGAGCUCGAUGAACGGUGCGGGCGAGCAGCUCCCCUGUCAGUGGGUGGGCUGCACCGAAAAGUCUCCAACCGCGGAGGCACUCUACUGGGGAACAUGCAACACCACCACUGUCAAGCGCGAUCAUAUCACCUCGCACAUUCGAGUCCAUGUGCCUCUCAAGCCUCACAAGUGUGAUUUUUGUGGCAAGGCCUUCAAGCGCCCCCAGGAUUUGAAGAAGCACGUCAAGACCCAUGCCGAUGACUCGGAAAUCCGCUCUCCCGAGCCUGGGCUCAAGCAUCACCCGGACAUGAUGUUCCCUCAGAACCCCAAAGGCUAUGCUGCUGCUGCUCACUACUUUGAAGGCCCGAUCAAUGGUGGACAGCCAUACGCACAUGGAGCCCCUCAGUAUUACCAGACUCACGCGCCUCCUCAGCCCGCCAAUCCUCACUCAUACGGAAAUGUCUAUUAUGCCUUGAGCCAAGGCCAAGAUAGCCAACAGUCUUAUGAUCGCAAGCGUGGCUACGAUGCCCUGAACGAGUUCUUUGGUGAUCUCAAGCGCCGCCAAUUCGACCCCAAUUCCUACGCCGCGGUGGGCCAGCGUCUGCUCGGUCUUCAGGCACUUCAGCUUCCUAUUCUCACCAACGGACCCGUCCCUGAGUACCAGCCCAUGCCGGCUAGUGUUGCUGUUGGUGGUGGUGGCGGUGGCUAUAGCCCUGGUGGUGGUCCUGCCCCUGCGUACCAUCUCCCGCCGAUGUCGAACGUGCGGACCAAGAACGACCUGAUCAAUAUCGAUCAGUUCUUGGAGCAGAUGCAAAACACCAUUUAUGAGAGUGAAGAGAACGUUGCUGCCGCUGGCGUGGCUCAGCCUGGUGCUCACUACGUCCAGGGUGGCAUGAGCUACCGUGCUACCAACUCUCCUCCCUCCCAGCUUCCUCCCAGCCAUGUCACCGCGGCUGGCUCUGCUCCUAUGAUGGCUGCCUCAGCUCACUCUCCUUCGACCGGCACACCUGCCUUGACACCGCCAUCCAGCGCGCACACCACCGCGUCUCUCCCCCCUCAUGAGAGUGGCGCGGGAAUGUAUCCUCGUCUGCCGUCGACGACCAUGUCUGACGGCAUGGGUGCCGGUUACCCGACUGCAUCCAGCGCCGCUCCUCCUUCCACUCUCAGCGGUAUCUUUGAUCAUGAUGAGCGUCGCCGCUACACUGGAGGUACUCUGCAGCGUGCACGUCCUGCUGAGCGAGAGCUCGAUGACAACAGCAUGGACACCACUCGCGACGGCAAGGAGGAUCGUGAGCGCACUCCUACCAAAGAAUCCAUCGCUGCUAGCUUGAUUGACCCUGCCCUGUCCGGCGCUUCACCUGAUCCCGAUCAGGCGGCUGCUCAGCGCACGGCUCAGGCCGCCACUGAGGUAGCGGAACGUGACGGCAAUGCCGCUUGGGUUGAGAAGGUCCGUUUGUUGGAAAAUCUCCGCCGCCUGGUUUCUGAGCUUCUGGAGCAAGACCGCUUCGACGAAUCAGGAAGCCACAGUGCAAAUAAGUCUCCAGAAUCAGGGAUGGACGCCAUGGAGGGUGUCGAGACCAGCCGGGUCUCUGCCUCUCCUGGGCAACUUAAGGAGGAGCCUGCCAAGCAGGAGCCUGAGGCCGUCCUGUACCCGACUCUGCGCGGGAUGGACGAGGACGGAGAUGCCAAGAUGCCUGGCGACGGGGCGUAG